GUGGUACUCCGUAUAUUAAAGGUCUUUAUUAUCCAAUUAAUGAACGAACCAAAGGUAUAAAAAAGAAUGAAGUCAUAAAACUAAUUCGACAAGCAGGUCAACUUAUUUUACAAGGAUUUUCAAUACCAGUCGAACCUCGAGAAAAUUUAGCACCAGAUGGACAAUUAUUUGUUGAAAUGUGUGAAAAAGAUAAAGCAUUUUGUUCUUUCGUAACUACAAGAUCACCUGAUAAACCAUUUAAAUGUUUAGAAAUAUGGGCAGAAGAUUUUGUACAAGAAUAUAAACAAUGGAAUGAUGGAGGUUUUGUUGAUAAUGGUAAAAAUAUUAGUUGUCCUUUUAAUCAUUUAUUGUUGAGACAAUUAAGAAAAAAAUAUGGCAUCAAACACUAUCUAGAGCAUUCUUCAUAUCUAUUGGUAUAUAUUUGUUGCUUUUUUUUAAUAGUAGUUGACUUAUUUCUUAUUAAGAUAGCUUUAGUAUGUUAUACUAACAUCAGAAAAGUAUAACAUAUACUGAAAUAUACUUUCACAGCGACAACUGAUCUAGUCAUAUACAGCUCUGUUCAAAAAAAUUUGCACAUCGUGUUAUGUAGAUAUAUCCUUAUAUAUCUGUCACGCACAAGUAGUUUCCAUUACUGGUUAAUAGCCUAUGGGGAGUACUAUUAAACAUUAUACUUCAAUAUUUUAUUCGUUCGUCUUUAUACUUAACAAGAGACAAACAUCGUUUUUUCAUCGACAGUAAAGAAUUUAUUACAAUAUUAGCAACAACAUUUUUAAAUUCUUCAUAUAAAAAAGGUCGAGCUCGUCAAUGUUUUACGACUGACCAUAAGUUCUCGAUAGGAUUAAUAUCUGAAGAAUGAGAUGGGCACUUCUAUGAUUGUAAUUUUUUGUUGUUAAUAAAUUGUUUGAAAAUACUACUAGUAUGUUUAGGAUUAUUAGCGCAUUGUAAACACCAAUUUUGACGAAAUUCUUGUCUCAUAGCAAAAAGAAGAUAAUUUCUAAGUGUAUGACUAUAGUAUAAACCAUAUAAGCUGUCAAUAAUUUUUUUAAAUUCACUAACUAAGGCUUAUUUGAUUGUUACGUCGAAUAUAUUGAGAAAUACAUUCUUCUCCUAUUUCGCUUAAGACACGUGAUCGAUCAUUUCCUCUCCGGUCUUUAAGUGAAUUUGUUUAUAUGGUAAUAGAUAGUCCUUAGUGGUAUCUUCGUUUCAUGGUGAACAGCACGAGCAAAUCGUAAGCCCUUAUUCCAGUAAUGUAGUAUCGAUAUAUGAUGAUUUGUAAAUCAGUAGAUGAUGUAAUGAUUAAAUGUUUAAGUACCAAAAAAAAUGAUACUUUUAUAUAGGCGACAUGUGGUGCAGCUAGCGAAUAUGUAUCUCUGAAAAAGUCAACUUUGUAACUGCUUUCUAACGAUAACAAAACCGUUAAACAAAAAGUUCAGUUUUGUGCAAGUUUUUUUAAAUAGAGCUGUAUAUAUAUAUACUUAUGAAGUAUAUUCAUACCUAAUCCAGUGGACAAUACACAGAGAAGAAGUACCAAUAGUAGAAAAAAGAUAGUACUACUACCUAACAUAUAGUACGAACUUUAAGUAAAAGAAAAUAAUUGAAAACGAUAUCAUACAAAUAUUAUAGUGUUAUAUAUAAUCGAGAAAACAAGGAUAUAUAUAUAAUAACAUAAUUUAUUCCAGAACUAGUUCAUAUCAGUGGUAUUGUUGAGAUAUAUUUGAAUUAAUAAUAAGUCUUUGUGCUCAAUAAAUAUUAGGAUUAAUCUUAGUGCUUAUGAUCAUUAUGAAGAAAAAACAUAGAUAACUAUCAACAUAAAUACAAGAAAUACAAGUAAAUGUAAAUGAAAACCGAUCAAAAUCUUUUAAUAAAUAAUUUAUCAAGAAUGAAAGAUAAUGUAGAACACUGAGUUCAAGUUUUAUUGCUAUUAGUUGAUCGGAAUGUAUGAAAGAGUAUAUAUUCUUAUAAAAUACUAUGUGACACAGAUUAUAUCAACGAUUGUCCAUAUAAUCAAUGUAUAAUCAUAUAUUUUUCAAUCAAAAAUAGUUUUCUAUCUAGUAUAACACAUCACUACUCAAAAUGUAACUAACAUAAUGCUAUUUUUAACAACAAUUUCUAUAUUAUAUUUCCGUUUAUAACAGUGAUGAAGUUAUUGUAGUUGACAAACAAAGAAACAGUUUCAUUACUUUUUAUUAUUGAAGAUGAGCUGAUCAAAUCUAUUACGAUGGUUGAACAAAUAAGUGAUUAUACAUGGACUUGGUGUAAUAUAAUUAUAUUUAUUAGACAUCUGAAAUAAUUCUUCUUUUUUAAUAUUAUUUUAAAUAAAGAAUUAUAAUUUUAAAUUAUUUAAAACAGAAUUUCAAAAAAAAUGUCUUUCACUAGAAUAACAUCAACUUUCAAAUAUUUGAUGAGAUUAUUUCUGUUCUCCUUAGAAUAUUAAAUUAUAAAAAUUUAUUUUCAAAAAAAAACAUUCAAAAUAUUCUAUGGUAUAUGUACAGUUUUUUAACACAUGAAAAGAAUCAAAAUGAUUAUAUUGACUUUUUAAUAUUCUUUUAACAAUUAAAGUUUAUACAAAGAAAGAAGUUUUAUACAUUUUAUAAUUCUUAUUUUUCCAUUCAAACAAAACAACAUAUUGAUU